AUGGAUCUCGAGCGCCGUGACUUGCAUCCUGACCAGACGAGACGACGGAGGCGAAACGUCGGUCGGAGGCGUCUGCGCAACAGAGCUCCUAUCUCCGCGCGGUUUAACUUGGACCAUCAGCUGCGUGGAAAUGUUGGUGUCCUGUCCGAUGAUCUGGCGAACGACUUCUUUCAAUUGUCCUCCACCGACGAAGGGAAGGAAGGUAGCGAAGUCCGCCAUGUCGCUAUCUCACCAUACGUUCCGGGUUAUAGCUCGGUCGAGGAUCUUGCCUGGACCAUCAUUCCCGUUCGGCCACAGCCUAAAAGCCGCCCUCACGGAUCUCCGCUUCCUCACUCGACCAUUGCCUUCCCCGACUCUGCAGAUUCAUUGCAGCCAUUCAUGCAGGCCCUGAGCAAGCUCGAUCCCACACGGCAUUCACUCCAAUCCCAGCGAUCUGUCGAGAUAAGGGUUCUGGAUGUUGUUCCUUUGCGCCUAGAUACGAUCUAUGUCACAGUGGAGCGAAACCUGCUCCGGAACCAUGAUGAUAUUCAGAAUAAGUUUGCUGGUGGGUUCACUAACAGCCUACAUGGACCCAACGGACUUUGGGCGAAAGCUGGGAAGGGACUGGACACCAAAAGGUAUUCGAAGAAGGCUGCGGCCGAGGCUGAAGAAAGGCUUACCGCAGCGGUACGCGAUGCUCUGGGAGCGCAACAAGUGGUGCAUACUGGCGAUGUGCUACCACUUCCCUUACCACCACACCCCAUAACAUAUGCGCCACCACCCCCGGCGCAAAUCUCGUUCUGUGAACCCGUUUCCCAAGGUCUGCUAAUGCCGACGACCAAAAUCGUCCUGGUCCAAGCCCGGCCGCAUGGCCCUCGGACCCAACGAAGUUUGAGGUCAGGCUCAGGCUUACUCAAGCAGGUAGCCGAAGAUGAGGCUGAUGAUACUUCCAACGAGCAAUUUUACUCGGCUGCUGAAGAAAAGGCUACAGAGAGCAACACAGAGGUGGACAGUACCUCUACCGCUGAUGAGUCGGAGACAGAAGGCUCUGGAGGGAACAUGAGCGACACAUCGGAUGAUUCUUUGGAUGAUAUGAUUUCUCUUUCUGCCCCUGAACUGCCUCAAUCCGGUGUCAUGUCUGCGAUGACUGCAACUCCACGUGCAGGCGGCCGACGGACGGACGGCAUCCAUACUCCAGGAUCCGUAGCCUCAAACUUUACUUCGUCAACUAUGCGUCUCGGACGAGUUGGCGGUGGUAAGGUCUUUAAGGCGGAGGGUUUACUCCGUGGCAUACCCAAUGAACUCUUGCACCCCAGGCCGCGGGAAGAAGACGACUCUGAGUCGUUCAUAUUUGUAGAUAUCAAUACACUUGCGAAGAUAGGCUGCUUUUCUGGGGAUUGGGUGAGGCUCGAGGCCACAGAAGAGCCGCAAUCCAAUAUAUUCGCCUCCAUAAAACUGGGGAGCUUCAAUGAACAGAAUGAAGAUGCUGGUGAUUGGCGUGCGGUCAAAAUCUAUGGUUUGCCCGGCCUGCCAUCUGCCAAACCCCGGUACUCAAUCAGCCAGUCUGGGGAGAGACGCUCAAGCAUCUCCCAACGCCCUCCGCUGCGUUUGACACCCUCAGUCUUUGUUCCUCCUCUCCUCCUGAACAACCUGGAAAACCCGAAAUAUCUUCGCAUAUCACCGAUGACAUUCCUUGGAGGCAAUGGGAGUACGAAACCCGGCCUUCUGAACCAUAUGAAGGCAAGCUCGGCCAGAAAUCCACCAUUGGCAAAGGAAGUGACGUUGCUCAAAGUAUCUACCCCACUUUCCAUGGAUCGCGCUCUCCAACCAGCCUUGUUUGCCGGGCUCAAACAAUAUUUUGAGUCCAAACGGCGCCUUCUUAAAAGCGGAGACCUCGUGGGAAUCAGCGUUGAUGAAGGUCUCGGUAGAGCUGUGUUCGCGGGACCUGCUGCCAGCGACGGGGCAGCUCCGGAUGAUGAUCUUACGACCCGGUUAGGUCAGGUGGUAGAUUCUGAUCGCGCUGGAUCGAAAAAGGUUGGUGUCGCCUGGUUUCGCGUUGGACAAGUGCUUCCUAGCUUGUCGGAUGAGCCAGACGAAGCGAGAGAAGACCAGUGGGGAGGUGUUGCUAUCAUUGAUUCGGCGACCACUAGAAUGGUACAGGCUGGGAGCGAUGUGAGCAGAGUCCCGGGAACUCUGAACAAUGGCUGGGAAUACUGGCUUGGGGUGAAGGCCGUGCCAAAGGCUGCUGGCGACGUUCAAACCCCUCAUGGUUUGGUAACUGAAUCGCCGCAGUCGUAUGUACCGCCUCUCCAAGAGCGCAUCCGAGACUUGAUGUCGGUAGCUACAAGCCCUCGCGCCAUCCAGCUCGGUAUGAAACCCGUCGUAAUUCUACUGAGAUCCCAGCAAAGGCACAUAGGAAAGGCUACGCUUGCAACACGAGCAUGCGCAGAUAUUGGUCUCCAUACCUUCACCAUCGACUCCUACGAUAUAUUAACCGAAGGCGGAGCGAACGGUGGCGACGUGAAAACCGAGGCAUAUCUGAAGGCUAGAGCGGACCGCGCAUUCCAUUGUGGAGCCAACUGCACAGCCCUUCUGAUUAAGCACAUUGAGGUCUUAACGGCGGACAGGAUCAUUUCCGCUAUGAAUGAGAUCGUGGCUGAUGCAAGGGUCAUAGUGGCUACGACAACAGAUGUCGAACAAAUCCCGGAGGGCAUUCGCAGCUUGUUUACUCAUGAGUUUGAGAUGAUGGCACCAGAGGAAAAAGAGCGUGAAGGCAUCCUCCACAAUGCUGUUUCUGAACGAGGCAUCAAGGUCUCCCCUGAUGUAGAUCUAGGCUCAGUGGCGCUUAAAACUGCUGCUUUAGUUGCAGGAGAUCUGGUUGACGUUGUUGAACGUGCUUCUUCUGUGAGAGCUGCACGUCUGGAGAAGUUAGCCGAAGCCGCAAGCGAAAACUCGGAGUCAAAAGUUAGCACCAGGGACGUUCUUGUUUCCGGGGGUGAUGCAGCCCGAGGUGUUACCAAGGCCGACUUUGACGCGGCAGUUGAUGCCGCGAGGAAGAAUUUUGCUGAUUCAAUCGGCGCGCCAAAAAUCCCGAACGUUAGCUGGGACGAUGUGGGUGGUUUGACAAACGUCAAGGAUGCUCUCAUUGAAACCAUCCAGCUGCCCUUAGAGCGACCUGAACUUUUCGCCAAAGGCAUGAAGAAACGCAGUGGUAUCUUAUUCUAUGGACCGCCAGGUACUGGAAAGACUUUACUUGCCAAGGCGAUUGCCACAGAGUUCUCUUUGAACUUCUUCUCUGUCAAGGGACCUGAAUUACUUAAUAUGUAUAUCGGUGAAUCCGAAGCAAACGUUAGGCGCGUGUUUCAACGCGCUCGGGAUGCUCGCCCGUGUGUUGUGUUUUUUGAUGAACUGGACUCGGUCGCCCCGAAGCGUGGAAACCAAGGAGAUAGCGGUGGUGUAAUGGACCGUAUCGUCAGUCAGCUUCUUGCCGAACUAGAUGGUAUGAAUGGUGGUGAGGAAAACAGCGGUGGUGUCUUUGUAAUUGGCGCUACAAACCGUCCGGAUUUGUUGGACACGGCACUCCUACGUCCCGGUCGUUUCGACAAGAUGCUCUACCUUGGAGUGUCUGACACACACGAGAAACAAGCCACAAUUCUAGAAGCGCUUACAAGAAAGUUUGCUCUUGCACCUGAGGUAUCACUGCGCAGGGUUGCGGAUCAGCUGCCUCUUACGUACACAGGUGCCGACUUGUAUGCCCUGUGUUCCGAUGCUAUGCUAAAGGCUAUCACCCGGAAGGCAACAGCGGUGGAUGAGAAGAUCAAACAGCUGCCAGGGGAACCGGUCAGCACUGCUUACUUCUUUGAUCACCUUGCCACACCGGAAGAUGUAACGGUUACGGUUGCGGAGGAGGACUUCAUUCAGGCACAGAACGAACUCGUUCCCAGUGUUAGUGCCAAAGAGCUGGAGCAUUUCGAACGUAUCCGACAGACAUUCGAGUCUGUUGAUAAGAAACAAGAUUCAGGCAGCAGUUCUGGGGCGCAGCCACCUCGAACUAUCGCAGAUGCUCUUGAAGCACUCGAGCUGGGAGACCAACUGAAUGGUAGUAUGGGUGGGCCUGUCACGAAUGGUGACCACCUCCCUAUAGGUAGCGGCAAAGGAAAGGGGAAAAAUGGACAGCAACCCAUGCGGAGCGUGAGUAGUCACUCGACUAGCAGUAAAGGGAAAGGCAAGAGCCCCGCUGGCGCCGGAGCGAAGUCGAAGAAUAAGACCGUCGCUGCUCCUAGUAACGAUUCCGAUUCUUCUUUUGAUGGUCCCACUUCGGGCUCAAGGGCCGACAAAAGUAUUUCCCACUACGAUGAUGUUAGUGAGGAAGAUGGCGCUACCAAUGGCGAUGAGGACUACAUCGUUCGGACCGACCAUCUUGUUCAGGCCGAUGGUGAUAGUUCGAAGUAA